GCGGUCGCCUUCCGAGGUGUCUUGGCCUGCGGGGCACUCGUAGCUGCCUCCUUUCCCAGGUGACGCACAUUUGAGCCGCCGGCGCUCGGUGACCCGGGUUCGAGUCCCCUCGUCGGCAGUGAUGGCGGACGCGGAGCCGGAAGCUGAGGGUGGCAGUGAGGACGGCUGCAGUGGCAGCCGGGCUCCGUCUUCCCAGCGCGGGAGCGCCGCGCGCGUGGCCCCACUGGGCCCCGAGCAGCUGCAGCGCGUCCUGGAGCAGGUGACGAAGGCGCAGCCGCCUGCGGAGCCGGCGCCGCCGCCCUGCGUGCUGGACGCGGCGCGGCGGCUGCGGGACGCGGCCCAGCAGGCCGCCCUGCAGCGGGGCCCCGGCGCCGAGCCCCCGCGCCCGCCGCGCCUGCUGCCGCCGCAGCAAUUGGAAGCCAUUUGCAUCAAGGUAAGAUCUGGAGAGACGAAAGGUCAGGAAAAGCCGAUGCCCGCGCUGGCUGCCAUCCAGUCCAAGCCGGCCAGGCCGGGCCCGCCGCCCAGCGGGCACUGCAGCGCAGUGGGGCUCAGCUCUCAGCUGCUAGGGCCGCCGCCACGCGUCCUGAGUCACCACCCCCGGCCUCCGGUUCGCGUGUUCAUACAGAGGCCGCUGCCUGCCCUCCGGCCAGUCCCUGUGAAGACAGUCUUGGCCGCCGAGCCUCCGAGUGGCUGGAGCACUGCGGCCGUCCGUCUGUUGGCCUCUGACCCGCCAGCAGUCACAUCUGUCUCAUCCAGUUCAGCAAAUUCAUUUAUUUCCAGCUCGCAAACAAAACACGCUGAGAAACUAAAGAAGUCUCUAAAAGUGAAAACACGUUCUGGACGGAUAUCUCGACCUCCCAAGUAUAAAGCUAAAGAUUAUAAAUUCAUCAAGACAGAGGAUUUGGCUGACGGUCACCCAUCUGACUCCGACGACUACGCCGAGCUGAGUGUGGAAGAAGACGAAGAUCAGAGAGGAAGGCAGGCGCUCUUUGACUUGGCAACCUGCUCCCUGAGGCCCAAAACUUUCAAGUGUCAGAUGUGUGAAAAAUCAUACAUAGGAAAGGGGGGGCUGGCCCGGCACUUUAAACUUAACCCAGGCCACGGCCACCUGGAGCCUGAGAUGUUGCCAUCUGAGAAGGCCAAUGGGAGCGUGAUCGCAGGCCCCACGGAGGGCAAGACCUGCAGCCUGGCGUCCCGGGGGCCGCCCACGCCAGCUCUGCCAGUUGAGGAAGGGGCUGCGUCAGCGCGGCGUGGCCUGCAGAAUGGUCAGUCUGUGGAAGUUGAAGAAGCGCUGGUAUCUGAAGCAAAAAAUGGAAGUUUUUCAGCCCUUUUGGAAUCAGAGAGACAUCCCGGACCUAGAAGAAGCGGCUACUCCAUGGUCCCCGCAGAGCCCAGCACAGCCAUCCUGGAGUGGAGCGGCACGGCUCACCCGCCAGUGGGUGCUGGGGCCGCGAGGAGCAGGGCCAGGCUCCAGGAGCUUCUCCACCAGUGUGACCGGGACGAUCUAGUGGAGUUGGCUCUGCCUCGACUGGCUCAGGUUGUGACCGUGUAUGAGUUUCUUCUGAUGAAGGUUGAAAAAGGUCAUCUAGCAAAACCUCUCUUCCCAUCUGUAUACAAGGAGUUUGAAGAGCUGCAUAAAAUGGUUACGAAAAUGUGUCAAGAUUACCUCCGUAGUUCUGGACCCUGUUCUCAGGAGCCCCUGGAAGUAAACAACAGUAAGGUUGCUGAGUCCAUAGGAAUCACAGAGGAAUUCCUAAGGAAAAAAGAAGUACAUGCAGACUGCAUUCCCUGCAAGUGCACCAGCCCGGAGGAGGCCCCAGAGGAGCUGGAGGGAGCAGGUCCGCAGAAGAGGGCGAAUGAGAUUGCAGAGGAUGGGCUGGCCUCAGUGAAAAGGACCAGGAGAGACACUGGGCCCCAGGACCCCACGGAGUGUCCUGCUGAAGAUGGGGGCCUGCAGAGGCCGGCCUCGUGUGCCCCAGCGGCUGGUGUGGGUUUUGCCCCUGGAGUGAAUGGGGGCGCCUCUCCCCAUCCUGAGGAAAGCCCCUCGAUCCCGGCUCCCGCGCGUGAGGGCAGCGUGGCACAGGCGGGCCACCGGCCGGCAGCACUGGCUGAUUGGGCAGCUCGGGGUGGGCCUGCAGACCCCAUUGCCCUGUGCCCGGAAGCCCUGGGCCAGGGCUCCCCUGUCCCUUAGGGGAACUGGGCACGCGGGCCCAGCACCAGCUGGCAGCACUCCCCGGGGAGAGUCCAGAUACUGGGGCUGGUCUGGGGAGCCCGGUUCUCUGCAGCGCGUCAGUCUCCAGCCUGGAAACUCAGAGGCAGGAAGUUUC